CCGUUCUCCUCUCUCAUCAGUCAUGUUGAAACAAAUUGCAGUAAUCGGGGCUCUUCUCGUCGUGGACAUAGCGCAUGCCGCGGUUCUCGACACCAAGCCGGUGGGAGAGGAAAAUUUUGAGCAGUCCAAAACAUACGACAGUGACAGUUCGUCAAAUAAUGCCGAACCAGCGACGAGAGGAAAACAAUCAUAUGUUCGACACGCCUUAGCCAGCUCGGAGGAAGCCGACACUUUGCACGCUGUUUAUCCCGGACGCCACUACGGACACGGACACGGCCACUCGGUAGCCAGCUCGGAGGAGGCCGGCACGGCCGGUAUUGUUCACGCUGUCUAUCCCGGACGCCACUACGGACACGGCCAUACUGUGGCCAGCUCAGACGAGGCCGGUACAGUUUACGCUGUCCAUCCUCGACGCCACUACGGACACGGCCACAAAGAAGCCAGCUCGGAGGAGGCCGAUACUGCCGGUACUGUUCACGUUGUCUAUCCUGAACGCUACUACGGACACGGCCAAACGGUGGCCAGCUCGGAGGAGGCCGGUACGGUCGGUACUGUGCAAGCUGUCUAUCCUGUACACCACCGCGGUGCUGACCACACGGUGGCGGUGACCAGCUCGGAGGAGGAAUUGUCUUCUGAUCUUGCAUAUUCUCUGGAUACCCAUUUUGAACACGCACCUUCUGACUCAUCUCAGCAAGACGACACAAGGUCGUCCUUAACUGGGCGCUCUAUAAGAGGCUCUCUUUUAUCUGGCCUUUUUGAUCUUUUCUGAACGUGAUACACUGCCUUUAUCUGCUUUAUCUAUCCUGCUGUUUACAAUAAAUGUUCUUCU